AUGUCUUCUCACGUGGCUCCCCUCCUGGCCGGCCUGAUCAUCAGCGCUGCCCAGCUCACCUCCGGCUCCCCCGUGGCCGACGCCCCCGUCGUCGCACCCGUCGCCGCCCUCCUCACCAACGGAACCUACACCCAGGUCGUCACCGCCAUCACCACCUACUGCCCCGAGCCCACCGUCAUCUACCACGGCAAGUUCACCUACACCAUCAAGGAGCCCACCACCUUCACCAUCACCGACUGCCCCUGCACCAUCACCCACACCGGCCCCGUCCCCACCGGCGUCGCCCCUGGCCCCGAGUGCGCCGCAACCUGUGCCGCCGCCUACGACAAGUGCCGCGGCGCCCCCGACGCCAACCGCGCCACCUGCGCCGCCGAGUACGCUGGCUGCCUCGGCUACAGCCCCUUCGGCCCCGAUGGCUCCCUCGUGACUCCCACCGCCUGCUCCGGCACCGCCGUGGUCCCCACCGCCACUGCCGUCCCUCCCAUCACUACCGGCGUUGUCCCCCCCACCGGCCCCUCCGGCCCCGAGUGCGCCGCCACCUGCGCCGCCGCCUACGACAAGUGCCGUUCCGCCCCCGACGCAAACCGCGCCACCUGCGCCGCAAACUACGCAGGCUGCCUCGGCUACAGCCCCUUCGGCCCCGACGGCUCCCUCGUCACCCCGACCGCCUGCUCCGGCACCGCCACCGCCGUCCCUCCCAUCACCACCGUCGCCCCUCCCACCGGCACCGCCGUCCCUCCCAUCACCACCGGUGUCUUCCCCCCCGCGACCACUGGCGCUGCCUGCGUUACCGGCUGCAACGACGCCUACAACAAGUGCCGCAGCGCGCCUGGCGCCAACAUGUCUACCUGCGCUGCUCAGUACGCCGGAUGCCUCGGCUACAGCCCCUUCGGACCUGACGGUUCGCUUGUCACGCCUACCGCUUGCUCUGGUUCUGCUACCGGUGCGGCGCCUACUGCUACUGCGAAGCCUUUGCCUUCUGUUGUGCAGGUUGCGUCUGCUGGGCGUGCGUCUUUCGGGGUCGCUGUCGCGGCUGUGUGCGGUCUUGCUGCCCUUGCGAUGUUCUAA